AUGACUCCCAGUGACGAGACCCUUGCGGCUGCAGCCGCCAUAAUACAGGGGCUGGCCAUGGAUCUUCCAGAGCCCAUGGCUAUGCCGUAUAACGGCCGCAAACCAAACCACCCGACUAAUGGCAUCGAUACUUCGAAAGUGGUGCUACCUGGGGAGGCCUCUGAGGGCAAAGCCGCCCUAGAGAAAGAGCUCGUAGCUCUGAUGCGGAGGCUGAAUACGAUGCAAACUUCUGUGCCCUCUUCUCGCCGGCCCGGACGGACUUCGAGCCUGAUGAGUGCUCGUAGCCUAAACAACGGACAAGCGGGGGAAUUCCCUGUCGAACGUAGCGGAGAAGUCAACGGCGAAGAUAGUGAUAGCGAAGACAACUACGAGGAUAACAUUACGUAUUUGCGAAACCGAGUCCAGCUGCAGGCCGAACAAAUUCAAAUCCAGAAAGAUAUCAUAUCUCAGGUACGAGACGAGCUAAAGCACCAAGAGGAACGGACGCAACAGGCAUUAGUAAAGGUCGAGCACGAGGAUGUUGGUGUUUUGGAGCGUGAGUUACGGAAACAUCAACAGGCGAAUGAAGCUUUUCAGAAGGCUUUAAGAGAAAUAGGUGGUAUCAUCACCCAAGUCGCAAAUGGUGAUUUGUCGAUGAAAGUUCAGAUCCACCCAAUGGAAAUGGAUCCCGAGAUCACAUCUUUCAAGCGCACUAUCAAUACUAUGAUGGACCAACUUCAAAUCUUUGGAAGUGAAGUAUCAAGAGUUGCGAGGGAAGUAGGAACUGAAGGUAUCCUCGGUGGACAGGUUCAAAUUACCGGCGUCCAUGGCAUUUGGAAAGAGUUGACCGACAAUGUCAACUUCAUGGCCUCUAAUUUAACGAACCAAGUUCGAGAAAUCGCAACUGUCACCACCGCUGUCGCUCAUGGUGAUCUUAGCCAAAAGAUCAAAAGCUGGGGCCAAGGUGAAAUCUUGGAGCUCCAACAGACUAUCAAUACUAUGGUAGACCAGCUUCGAACUUUCGCUACUGAAGUUACACGUGUCGCUCGGGAUGUCGGUACGGAAGGUGUGUUGGGAGGCCAGGCUCAAAUUGAUGGUGUUCAAGGCAUGUGGAACGAACUGACAGUCAACGUGAAUGCCAUGGCCGAAAAUUUGAGUACCCAAGUCCGUGAUAUCGCAACGGUAACAGCUGCAGUCGCCAAGGGUGAUCUGACCCAGAAGGUUAAAGCCAACUGCAAGGGAGAAAUCCUGGCGAUGAAAACAAUUAUUAAUUCUAUGGUUGACCAACUGAAACAGUUUGCCCAAGAAGUUACAAAGAUUGCAAAGGAAGUCGGCACAGAUGGUGUGCUCGGUGGCCAAGCUACUGUUCAUGAUGUUGAGGGGACCUGGAAGGAUCUCACUGAAAAUGUCAAUGGAAUGGCUAUGAAUUUGACCACCCAGGUCCGAGAAAUUGCUGAUGUGACAACAGCAGUCGCCAGAGGUGAUCUUACAAAGAAAGUUACCUCAGAUGUCAAAGGAGAAAUUCUGGACCUAAAAAAUACCAUUAAUAGUAUGGUGGAUAGACUCAAUACCUUUGCUUUCGAGGUUAGUAAAGUUGCGCGUGAAGUCGGUACCGACGGAACUCUGGGUGGUCAGGCAAAGGUCGAUAAUGUUGAAGGCAAAUGGAAGGAUUUGACUGACAAUGUCAACACCAUGGCACAAAAUCUGACAAUCCAGGUGCGCGCCAUUUCGGACGUUACUCAAGCUAUUGCAAGGGGCGACCUUAGCAGGAAGAUCGAAGUUCAUGCUCAAGGGGAAAUUCUCACUUUGAAGGAUACCAUCAAUAAUAUGGUGGACCGCCUUGCCAAUUUUGCCCAUGAACUCAAGCGUGUAGCGCGUGAUGUCGGCGUGGAUGGUAAAAUGGGUGGCCAAGCCAACGUCGAGGGUAUCUCCGGAAGAUGGAAGGAAAUUACCGAAGAUGUCAAUACCAUGGCCGACAACCUUACAGCCCAGGUCCGAGCUUUUGGAGAAAUCACUGAUGCCGCAACAGACGGAGAUUUUACCAAACUGAUCACGGUGAAUGCGUCCGGUGAAAUGGAUGAGCUGAAACGCAAAAUUAAUAAGAUGAUUUCCAACUUGCGCGAUAGCAUUCAACGAAACACUCAAGCCCGAGAGGCUGCAGAAUUGGCCAAUCGCACCAAGUCAGAAUUCCUGGCCAACAUGAGCCAUGAAAUUCGGACGCCCAUGAACGGUAUUAUCGGGAUGACCCAGUUAACGCUCGAUACGGACGAUUUGAAACCAUAUCCCCGCGAAAUGCUCAAUGUUGUGCAUAGCCUUGCCAACAGCCUAUUAACGAUCAUCGAUGACAUUUUGGAUAUCUCUAAGAUCGAAGCCAAUCGGAUGGUCAUCGAGAGUAUUCCAUUUACUAUGCGAGGGACUGUGUUUAAUGCGCUGAAAACUCUUGCAGUAAAAGCGAAUGAAAAGUUCUUGAAUCUCACGUACCAGGUCGACAGCUCCGUUCCUGAUUAUGUGAUCGGAGAUCCGUUCCGUUUACGUCAAAUUAUUUUGAACUUGGUUGGAAAUGCUAUCAAGUUCACGGAGCACGGAGAAGUCAAACUUACCAUCAGCAAAUCGACGAGGGAGAUUUGUCAGGAUGAAGAAUACGCCUUUGAGUUCUCUGUCUCGGAUACCGGCAUAGGCAUCGAGGAGGACAAAUUGGACAUGAUUUUCGACACAUUCCAGCAAGCCGACGGAUCUACUACGAGGAAGUUUGGUGGAACCGGCCUUGGAUUGUCAAUUUCCAAACGACUGGUGAAUUUGAUGGGCGGAGAUGUUUGGGUAACUUCGGAAUUCGGCCACGGUAGCACGUUCCAUUUCACUUGUAAAGUGAACCUUGCGGAUCAAUCCCUUGAUGUGAUUUUACCACAGCUUUUGCCUUAUCAGAACCACCAUGUCCUUUUCAUCGACAAAGGCGAAACAGGCGAGGAUGCUCUAAGCAUCACAAAUAUGCUUCGGCAACUUGCACUCGAGCCGCUUGUGGUCCGCAGCGAAACCCAUGUCCCUCCACCCGAAAUCCAAGAUCCAUCAGGAAAAGAAUCCGGUCCCGCAUACGACGUUAUCAUUGUUGAUUCCGUCGAAACAGCACAAACCCUACGAACAUUUGGCGCAUUUAAAUAUAUUCCAAUUGUUCUGCUCUGUCCGGUGGUCUCGGUUAGCUUAAAGUCAGCUUUGGAUCUGGGUAUCACGUCGUAUAUGACUACACCUUGCCGGCCUAUCGACCUUGGCAACGGCAUGCUUCCUGCACUUGAGGGGCGUUCUACUCCUCUUACAAUCGACAACACGCGGUCCUUUGACAUCUUGUUGGCAGAAGAUAAUGAUGUCAACCAACGUGUCGCCGUUAAAAUACUAGAGAAAUGCAACCAUGGCGUGACUGUUGUUAGUAACGGCCUUGCCGCUGUCGAAGCAGUCAAGCAACAUCGGUAUGAUGUUAUCCUUAUGGAUGUUCAAAUGCCUAUUAUGGGUGGUUUCGAAGCGACAGGGAAGAUCCGUGAGUGGGAGAAAGAAACCGGCCUAUCGCGGACCCCCAUCAUUGCGUUGACUGCUCAUGCCAUGUUGGGUGACCGGGAGAAAUGUCUUCAGGCUCAAAUGGACGAAUACCUGGCGAAGCCGCUUAAACAAAACCAGAUGAUGCAAACUAUUCUGAAAUGUGCUACACUCGGAGGCCCGUUAUUCGAAAAGGGCAAAGACUCGAGAAUCGGGGGUCAUCACUCAUCAAGCGCCCUUAACAUCGGGGGUCAGUCACCAGAAGCUAAACAACGUCCACCCCUUGAGCCGCGAGCACUUACAGCUGCCGGACGUUCAGCCAUUCCGGAACCUGUAAGUAGCAUCCCGUUUAGCUUCGACAGUGGCAUCUAA